UAAAAAUAAAUAAUUGCUCUAACCGAAAUGACAGGAUGACAAACACCAAUGCAAUUACGAGCCUUCACGUUAAAAAAUUAGGUCAUAAGAUCGAAGAGAUUCGAUGCAGAGCUCUUGAGAAUAUAAUUUCGAAAUUGGAGCAUGGAUUUACGUGUGAUUGUCCAGGAGUCAAGAGGGAACUCCUCUCGAAACUCCUCAGCUGGUUCAAUUUUGAGACUGCUCCGCACCCUGAGAAGGUCCUGGACCUGAUGCACUACCUGAUUUCGGAAGGGAUAGUCACACCCUUCGAGGACUCCCGGGUCCGGAACGACCUGGAACUCCUGCACUCUCGUCUGUCCCCCUCUCACCACCCAAAGCUCCAGGAAAUUUCCAAUUGCCUUCGCCUGUCCCCAGUUUCCCCCCGCAUCCCCCCAGGAGUUCCACCAUCCCCAGAGCCCUCGCCUCCGGCCGACGAGACCCAAGUGCCAUCAUCCCCAGGUACCCCAAUCUCCAAAAGAUCCGAGAAUUCGAUCCGCUGGUUAUUACUUCCCUGGCAGCCACUGGUCUCAUCCGAUCGUGGAGUCCUCGCCGCCGUGGAGGACGCCCUCUCCAAGGACGAGUCAAACCUGACGAUUCACACCUGCCAACUCAUCACCAACGUCAUGCUCCAGGAUUUUCCAGCCGAGGUAUUCCUCCAGCGUCCAUCAAUAAUCUCGAUAUUCCACAAUUUCCUGAUGACCUCGGUGGAUGAAAAAAUCCUCAGGACGAUCCUCCGUGCUCUGCACAAGCUGACGAGAUCCCUUCGCUUCAGGAUUUAUUACUACAGCGAUCCCUGCGUGGCGAACAGGCGUCAGAGGACGCAGGUACCAGAGGACGACGAGGAGACUGACGAGUCAGUGCUCCAGCUGCAGCAGAUGCUGCUGCCAACGUACUGCAUCGAGACACUAUCAAGAACCCUGCGACUGCUGGAGAACCAGGUUGACGCAGUGCGGCCCCUGGAGACAGUGAAAUCGAUGAUGGACGUGUCCUGGGAGCUGGUGGAGCUCCUGAAGACGAGUUUGACACCGUCAGUGUGGCUCUCCGUCGACGGUCUCUCCCUGAAGAUUCACGAGGACCUGAAGUCUCUGCUGAAGCUCCUCGGGGAUAUCCUGGAGUUCCUCAGGGGCUACAGCAACAUCGACUACUGGAGGAUCACUUACCUGACCCUUUUAUCCACAACAACAAAACUCCUGUCGUCCCUCGUUCCCCUGGAGGUCUCAGACUGCGUUCUCCCGGGUUCACUGAAGAUCUCUCUGGCUGUCGCCCUGAUGGACACACCUGUCUACCUCCUUCAUCCUGGAUUACACUCCACCCUCCUGGAGUACGCGAGGCAAUUCCGAGGGGAUGAGGUGGAGUACCUCAGGAUCUUCGAGGAGACGAGGAUAAUCACGAGAUCAUUGAGAGCUGCUGUCUCUGUUAUUAAAUCCAAGGAUGACGAUAUCGUCAGGAACAUGUACCUCUCGAGGACGUCUCUGGAGUGCCACGGCAAUUUAUCCAUCAUCGAGAGGUACAUGUCGAUCCUCCAGGGGUACAACGGCCUCAACUCCGAGGACAAAUCUCUCUCGUCAAAAUUAUUUCUCCACCUGCUGUCCCAUGGAAAUGAUAAUAUCAGGAUAAAAACGUACGAUGAGUGCAGGUACUUGGUGGCAGCAGCACUGGGUGUUGAGAGGACCAGAGGAAGAGCCUCAGUCACCUGGACAUCAAUUGGUUUUUUAUUCGAUAAAGACGUCCUGAGGGAGAUUAUCUGUCACGGAGUGGCUGACGACCUGGUGAAAAGUUCGGCUGAGGAUAUUCUGAUAUUUCUGCUGAAGGGGAAGAUCCCCAUGGGUGAGACAGGAUGGAAUUCCCUUCUGGAGGCUCUCCGCCCGGUGUUUCCUCUCCUCCAGGUCCUGGGAGGCGCCAAAUCUCCGCUGGAGAGGUGCAUUUCCAAGAUGCUUGACCCAGACCUCUACCAGGAGAUCAGUCUGACGUACCUGGAGGUCCUCAAGGGCAAUAUGAGGCUUCUCUUCUCUCUGGACGCAUCACUCCGGGAGGAGAGCGUCUUUAGGCUGAUUUACCUCCUGGGAAUGGAGAGGAACUCCACCGAAAAACACCCCAGGCUGUCGUCUCUCCAUGGACUCCCCCUGAGCUCUCUUUUAAUUCUUGAAAGACAGAGUAAUUUCAAGAAACCAGAGGGUAAUUAUGACAGGUGCAACUUGCUGUCUGUCCUGGAGAUGCUGAAGGUCUCCAGCGUCGAGCCCAAGGUGAGGAAGUCAGCGCUGAUUCAAGUCAGUGUUAUGCUGACAGACUCAUCCCUCCACCGGGUCUUCCUCAAGGAGAAGGGCCUGGAGAUCCUCUUGGAAAUCCUGGAGAGGUCCCUCAUGGAGAAAGACUUCGAAAAUUACCCAGACUCCGUCGUCCCCAUCGUCACGAUCCUCAGGAUCCUCUCCUCGACCCAGGGAACAGUUCGUCAUCAACUCAACGACACGAAUGUCUUGAUAAACAUCCUCAGGGGUUUAUUCCUCUUCCCCAAUCACGAGACUGUGAAAAUCGACACCGCCCAGUUAUUAUUUCUCCUCCUCUUCCACGACGAGAUCGUAAUCGACGUGGGUAUUUCCGUUCCUGAGGUGGUGAUCACGAGGAUGAGAGUUCCAUUUCACUGUAAAAUUCACUGGAGGACUAGUCCUCACAGGAAGGAGAAACCGAUCGCCUGGAGGAAUCCACUGACUCUUGCAUUCGUCAGACAAUUCUGGUCUUGGGAAUGGAACAACCGGGAGGACGUACUCUGGACCCACUGGGACAGCCUCAACACCGAGACCAUCGACGAGAGCCUCAAGAUCUCAGAGCAAGAGCUGUCGACUCUCCAGUCCACCUCAAUCCGUUUCUCCAUUCAGCGACAACUCUUCAACAUCAAGAACUCGACGACCCACGAGGAAGUGACGUCCGCCCUGGACUACCUGUGGAUGUACACCAGGUUGACAGAAUUAAAUCCCACGGAGAGGAGUCUCGUGGGUCUCUCGUCGAUGCCCUGGGAGCAGUCCCUCGAGCGUUUUCUCCUGUCACACCCAACGAGCCAAGACGACUGCUGCCUCUUCGUGGAUGUCCUCAAUUAUCUGAACCUCCUGAUGACGAUCACCCGUGAUCCUGGAGUGAUCCAGUGGAUAUCGAGGACAACGAGACACAUGACAAAGUCCCUGUCAGAUCUCCUGAGGUGUUUAGAAAAAAAUUAUCAAAACGUUCACCAGUCUGUCCUGAGACUCGUCCGCACCUGCAUCAACCUGGAGACUGAUCUCGAUGAGGACGACAGUCUCGAGGAUUUCGUGGAGAUAAUCGUCUCGAAUCUCUGCUCCAAUGAUCAACAGCACUUUUACAACCUGGCGUACCUCGACUGGCUGUUGAAUUGCCUGACGUACCUGACGAGCAACAAAAAAUGGAGAAUAAUCCAGGGUAACAAUAACCUGGUGACAACUCUGGUGAAUUCCCUGAUGGAGCUGAUUGCAUCAUUCCACGGCAAUGGUGCCACCAGCUUCAUGGGUCUAUCAAUAACCAAAAAUUCGAUAAUCUGUCUGAAUCACCUGCUCUCACAGACGACGUCGAAGUCGUUUUCAAUCCUCUGGAGGGCAAUUACUUGGUUACCAACACUCUGGAGUAACAGGGAUCCCCUGGUGAGGGCCUCAGGGCUCCAGCUGUUGGGUGGUCUUCUCCGAACGCCCCACGACGGCCAGGAGUUACUCCAGAGCCUCGGGAUGGCACCCAACGAGCUACUCCAGGGUGUCAUAAAAAUUAUGAUCGAUCGAGAGGAGGCGUCAAUCGUCAGGGAGAAAGCAGCUGUUGCUCUCAGUCACCUGGUGAAGAACUCCAGGGGUUCGGUAUUCAAUUAUUGUGACUCCUUGAGGCCCAAUGCCAUCGUCAUCUACCUGGAGCAGGCGAACGUCUUCUACGAGAUGAGUAUCAUGUGCUCGAAUUUGUAUUUAUCAGGAUCACUGGAGUCUGAAGGAGCCGCUGGGGACUCUGACACCUCCAGGUCCUACCCCAGGUCGGUUCUACAUUUUUACAACGGCCAGGACGAGACGUCCCUCAAGGACGAUUCGGAAUUCGUGACGACUCCAGCACUCGUCACCGCUGUCUGCUGUCUCAUUAAUAAUCUUGUGAUCAUCGGAGGAGACGUCAUCACCAAGAUCUACGAGAAUUCCCUCGACAAGUACCUGGUGAGCUGCCUAGGGCCCAUCCCCACGGGUCCACUGGCCCCUGAUGUACUCCAGAUGUACGUGGGGAUCUGCACCGUCCUGACGAAUUGCAUCAGUCACUCCGGGGAAUUCGCCAAUUCCGUGAACUUCUCACCGGAUUUUUUAUUCCUGUUGAUGAGUUAUCUGAAUGAGGAGAGGAUAGGGAAGAGACUGAUGGUGGAGGUCUUCAAUUUGCUGAGUGUCAUGUCUCUGACGGAGGGACAGCACCUGGAGGCCAUCCGAACUGCUGUCGACGUCCUGGGAGUGGAAAAUCUGGUACUCUCGAUUUGUCGAGGGGUCGGUGGAGAUGGUGAAGUCAGGAUGAGUGCAAUCGCCUGUCUGGGGUUCCUCCUGGGGAUCGGUAUCGAGGGGAAAGACCUCCUGGCGGAAGCACUCGAUGAUAUUGACGUGGAGAAUGUCAAGGCUGGUGCCAGAAUCUGUCAGGUACUUGUCGAGCUGCUGGUGGCGUACAAUUACGCCAAGAAGAGGAUCUCCAGGGAUAAGGAACUCGUCAUGGGGACUCUGGCUAAUCUUUUAUGCGUCAGUCGUGAGGCCAAGGAUGAGGCUGAGAGGCAGAACCUGGGGAUGACCUCGGUGAUGAUCCUCAAGGAGUUAUUCACCGAGAUCAGUCUUCAGCCUCAUCACAAAAGGGGCGAGAGGGAGAAGAAGAUGGCGCCUGUCAUCGGGGAAGUGGCUAAAGUCCUGGGGCUGCUCAUGAAUUUUUCCUGUGGCAGCUGUCGAGUCAAGAGGAACCUGGCAGCAGCUGGAGUUGCUGAUGUUCUCCAUAAAUUGUGGGCCUGGAUCUGUUUGAAUGACGCGGCUAUCAUUUCUGCUCUAAAAAUGCUCGCAACUCUCACCACUGACUGCCCCGAAGCCGCCCAAUCCCUCACCCUGACGACGACCCUCCCAGGAUCGGGCCCUCGAAGGACCCCGAACACGGUAUCUCUCCUGAAUGUGAUAAUUCACCUGAUCACCCAGGAGGUGGACAAGGCGAGUCAGUCCUUCGAUAAUCACCGGCUGCACUUUGCCUUCCACGUCCUCAGGAAUUCUGUGCACGUCCAUGAGUGUCGUGUGGCCAUCUCCAAGAGCAAUCUCCUCCAAUUCUUCACGAAGAUUCACCCGUUGACGACGAAACGCAAUAAACCCUGGCCUCUCAUCGAGAUCUACUGCCUCGAGUUCCUGAUCGAUUUCACGUUCUACGAUGAGGGACAGACGUGCGUACCCAAGACAACUGACGGUUUCGAGGUGCUGAUACAGCUGUCCAAGUGCUCAUCAUCCAGCCAGAGGAUUCUCUCCCUCUCCAUCCUGAGGAAUCUCGUGUUCAAUGUCAUUAACAGGCCGAGGAUUCUGGCGUCGAUUGAAUUCAUGAAUCUUCUUCACUGGGUGUUGCGGAGGGGCAGCUUCUGCGAGAUCGGCGUCGUGGGGUCUAUCCUCUGGGCACUGGUUACCAACAAUCAGAAGGCUAAACUCAUCGCCAGGACUGCUGGCUUUGCUCAGGCACUCCAGGAAGUCCUGGGGAGAAUUGCCCUGGACAACGUGCCUCAUCAACUCCAGCAGGAUGAUCUCGUCAGGAUGAUUCAGUACGUCAUCAAGAUCAUCAAGACCUCUGACGCCAAGUGCGACCUUCAGGACUGAAUAUCAUUAAUUUUAAUUAUUUGUAUUUGAUUGCUGGAGCCAAGAGGUCAAGGUCAACGAGUCCACUUUAUCGCUCUUACGGGUUUUUCUGGAAUAUCUCCGAAUCUAAUCGAGAUAUCGAAAUUUAUGUCAAGAUCUUCUUUAUAGAGGACAGCGAGAACUGCAGUUCAAGUUAUUAUGAAUAUUUCGAUAUCUUGAUUGGAUACCGAGAUAAUUCGAUAAAACUGGAGCGAAAAAAGAGGGGAAUUAUUUUUUUUAAAACUCUGAGCUUCUGAUUUUGUAAAUAAUCGACUCUAUUUUUGUAAAACUUUUU